ACAGACCCGCCUCCCAUAGUGACGUCACCGCGGCGCGACUCAGGCGUGUUUUCACGGAGGAGAGCAGAACCGAAAGGAAGAGAACAUGUAAAACACACUUUUGAGGAGACAUAAGGGAUUUACAACCGUGCCAAUGUGGGAGUGAGAUGAAACAGUCCUGAAAGACUCAAACUUUCCUCCGUUGGAGCCGUGUAGGUGAUCGUGAUGGAGAAGUGUCUGUGGUGCACCACGUCCCUGGAGGUGGAGGGAGACGUGGCGAUCGUCACCAUGUUGCGUCGCUACAGCUCCGGACAGCUGUCUGAGCGAGAGAUGGACUCUCUGAAUGAAGACCUCAGCUGCUGUCUGGAGUGUGUGGUGGAGUAUCAUCGAGCCAGAGACAAGGUCCCUGAUCUGCACAAGCAUUUGUGGGAAAUGGAGAAGGCUCGACUCAUGCAUUUGUUGGGAACCGUUCUAGACAAGGAGCUGGAGGAGGAUGAUAUCUUUAUUAUCGAAGAUGACCACGAGGAGCCGGUGUCGAAGAUCUCUCCUGCAGAAUUGCACGACCGCCUCCGUUUCCCGCUCUUUGAAGUUCUAAAGUACCCGUACCUGCUUUGCCACCGUGAUCUGUGUGAUUUGGUGGUAAAAGCCUUGUGUAAGCUGCAGGAUAUGAAGCAGUCUUUGACUGUGUUUGAAAAGUAUCAAGGAACAUAUCUGCUUCUCGUUCAUCCCAACGAACAGGUGCGCCGUUGGGCAAUCGAUACAGCAAAGACCAUGAAGAGUGUGGAUCGGGAUGCCUACUAUGACCUUCAGGAGAUUUUCUUUUGCAUGUUUUAUGUCAUUGAGCUUGGAAUAUCUUUGGACUUUCCAGAUUUGGAGCCAGAGUCUUAUGCAGGGGGCACUGUACAAAUGCUGCCCUCUCACCUCUAUGAUUCACAAAAUAAGAAGAACUACUGGCUAGGUAUCUGUAUGUUACUAACACAGCUCAGCGCUGAUGCAAUGGACUCCCUGUUCAUGGGACAGUUUAACAUCCCACUUUGCAUACUCAACACAAUGGAGGGGUUGAAAAAUGAGGACAAUCCAGCUUCUGACCCAUUCUGGCCAGCCCUUCACUGUUUUAUGGUAAUUCUGGACCGACUUGGUUCUAAGAUCUGGGGUCAGGUUGACCCUAAUAUGGCUUUCCAGACAAUCACUGGAGCAGCCAGCUAUGUUGCGGAAAUAAGGAACAUACAGAAAAAAACCAUGCGGGGCAUGGUUAAAGUGGAGCCUGAAUAUGAUGACAAUAUGGUGACUUGCAGUCAAAUGGUGUAUGACUGUUAUGCCUCCGAAAAACCAAACCAAGCAUCUGGUUCAUUGUCCAACAGUGGUAUUUCCAGCAACUAUAUGAUCUAUGAGGAUAUGCAGUCUCUUGUCACCGUGCUUGAUUCUGAAAUGGGCCAGAGCAUGCGUGUAUACGGAAGCACUUUUCUAUGGUUCAUUCCAUUUGUCCGUUCCAUAAUGGAACUUCCAGAGCUCAACGCUUCCUAUAUUAGUGAAGUCAUCCACUAUCUUUGUGAUAAGAUACGAGAAAAUCGACACAUGCUAACCGGACAGACAAGCGUGUGCGAUAAAGUGACCGAGUUCUUCACUCGUAUUCUUAUUCAAAUUGUUGAGCUACAUUCUGCUGAAGGGCGAAUGGGAAUACUUUCUCGCUGUGCCCAAAAGUGGGUGCAAGAGAUUGUCUUAUGCAUUAUCCUAUCGGAUGAACCACAUGCGCCACCAGACAGGAUGGGUGGGUUUCACGGAGUCAGUUCAACCUCAUACAACCUUGGGAUGGUCGGAAGACAGCCUGCAUCUGGAGGUGGCAUUGGUGCCAUAAUUCCUGGCUGCAUGAAACUGAUUCGACUACUGCUGAAAGAAGGGAUAAGGAGAUCUGUCCCAGGCUCAACCCUCUUUUUUAAUCGGCUUAUGCAAUUGCGUGGAGUUGCAAACAAACGAUGGAAUCUAACGCGGUCUGAAUCUGAUGAGCUUCAAAAGUGUUUGUUGAAAGUUGUCCGGUUAAUGCCAGAAAGACCUGAUUCUCCACUCUCUGUUGUUCCAUUCUCAUGUGCACCAUCAGUGGAGGCAGCUACAAACACUGUUAUUUCCAGAAAUUCAGUACCAACCCUGCAUCAGCAACAACAUGAGGACCAGGAGGCAGGACCAAGCAGAGCAGGAGAUGCAGCUGCUUUUAUCAAAGAGGAGCCACUUUGGAAUUAUGGAAAUAAUAUCUCUGAGGAUCUAUGCAGCGGUCUUGAAAAAAUUGCAAAGGUUAAGAAAGAACCCCCUGACCCAGUGUCAGUUUCAAAGCUGAGAACACCUGUUCAGUUGGAACGUAUUAAACCAGAUCUGGGUAAAGUGCAGGAAAUUAGAUCCCGAUUAAACGACAACCAAAAUUUGUCAAAGAUCAAAGCCAUUGCCAAACAAAAACCUGAUGAGUCCUUAAAACCUUUUCCCUUGACAUCAGUUAAAGUGGAAGGUGGUUUUGGAGCUGCUGAGGAGGAGGAUGAUGACGAUGAACCCCUUGAUGUCAGACGAACCAGUUUGAUAAAAUCUGUCAACCACAAAGUUGAAUCUAGCGAUUCCGAAAUUGACAGUAGUGCUGUUGGAAAAACUCCUAACAGGUCCAUGGGCAGCUCAAAGCCACAUGUGGAGUCCAGUACCAUUGUCAUCUCUGAUUCUGAUUCUGAUAAUGAUGAAGGGCCAAAUGACGUCCUAAGGUCUCCAGAAGAUCAUGUCUUGCCUGAGAGCCCGGGUCGUGAUUAUGAUGAUCUCAGUGAAUCACAGGUCUUUGAGUUUGAGACGCAGCAAUAUGUGCCAUCUUCUUGGGAUACUUCAGAUUUUGAUGCAUCAGUCUUGACGAAACCAAAAUCAGACCAACUACUCAAACCACAGGUGGAUAAAGCUCCCUGUGAAGCGUCUCCAAGUUCAGAGACUGAACUAAAUCCAGAUGAGGACAUUGAGAGGACCUGUCAGCAAGCAGAAGAUAAGAUCAUAGAACAGCAGCAGCAGCCGCAAGAGCCGGUGGAUUCAAGUGCAUCGUCACUGUCCAAAGCAUCCAGUACUGCAGAGAGCUGGGAUAAAUUUGGCAAACCAAAACCUCUGGAUCAGAUCAAAGAACCGCAGCAGCCACAAGAGCCAGCGGAUUCAUGUGCACCGUCACUGUCCAAAGCAUCCAGUACUGCAGAAAGCUGGGAUAAAUUUGGCAAACCAAAACCUUUGCUGGUUAAAAGUGCAAAAACAACUCCAUCUGAUAAGAAAAAGCCACUGAUAAUUGAUGCUCUUGCUCUUAAAAUCAGGGGCCACCCUUGGAAACGCAACUCCACAUCUCAGGACGAAGAGGAACCUUCCUCUUCAACCACUCCGUCAUGUGGUACAUCUUCCUCUCCAUCAUCCAGCUGUGUUUCUUCACCUUAUUUUCCUGCCCCCAGUUCACGUGGCACCCCUGCCAUUGUUCCUCCAAAGAAAGUGCGCAAAGUUGUUGAGCCAGAAUCAACAGCAGAGCGUUUGGGAUUAAAAAAGAAGGAAAGGAAAGCCUUUGAACUUUCUCAGCGUUCGCUGGAUUGUGUUGCUAAACUGAGGUGCCAUGGUCAGAAAGUGCAGGUAGAACCACAACAGAAAAUAAGGCGAGUGCGUCGAGUCACUAAGACAACUUCACAGAAACGUAUUGUAAAAGGCAACAAGAAACUUAUGGGUUCACAAGAUAUUCAGUUUUUCAAGCAAAUUCGUGAGAAGCAUCAGAGGCCAACAACAUUAGCUUCCAAACCAGCAAAGAUCAAUCAGCCAGCUGAAGUGCACUUGCCAGAACAUACAGUUGCAAGCAGUGAAGCUGGUGAUUUCUUUCCCUAUCCUCAGCUGGAUCCUGAUAACGAAAAUGCCGAAUCCGAAAUCCGUUCUAAAGGUGAUGGGGUUGGAAGUGAUAAGAGAAUAGAAUCCAAGUACUUCCAAGCCAGUGAGACUGCUGAUGUAAACCAGGAAGAAAAACCUUCCCUGACAUCGGAGGAUGAUGAUGAUGAAGAAUGGAUGGUCCUCACUCAGACGGGACCCACUGAUAUGGAACUGUGCUCCCAAAUGGAGCCAUUGGAGGAAGAUGAACUCUUUCUUACCCAGAGAGAUCCAGUUGACAUGGACAUUGAUCCAGAUAGUGAACCGGAUACCCCAGAGCAACCAGUGUUGACACCUAAACCUAUACAGACUCCUAUUGGUGGAAAUGAUGAUCAUUUGUUCUUGAAGCCUAGCAUGUCACCUAUGUCUCAGAAAAAGGCCAAACCUUCUACCACAAAAAUAUACACCCCCAGCUCCCGCAGUGCCUCACUUGUCCAUGAAAUGGAAAAAGUAGCUAAGCCUCUUGUUGCUAAUGUUGCAAAAGCGAAGAUUCCCCGACUGCCCCCAGCAAUGCCACCUCCAAAAACAUUUCAACCUCUCCAGCCUCCACAACUCCCAAAGCCACUUCCUUCACAACAAUCUCCUUAUGCUCCUUUGUUGGUCCCGAGUACUAAAAUAAGCUCUACCCCAGAUCCACCAUCUUACAAGGUAUACCAAAGACCUGAGGCUCCAGUUAACAAACCAGUACCUGCAACGGAUCAGAGCCCGAAGUUUGACCUUUUGUUCUUGACCCAAGCAAUCCUUAAAUGGGAUUAUAGGAUGCUUGACAACUACAAAGCAUUUGGGAGUCCAAAUGAUCUAUGCCAACUACCGCUGAAGAAGGUGCCAGUUAUGUUUCCCAGCUACAUGGAGUACUUCAACACCUUAUAUCCCCUGCUGCAAAUUAAUGCAUUUGAAGAGAUUGCUAGUGAAUGGCUCAAAGAGGGCCGAGUUAAGUGUCACCUAAGUGUCCAGGGUAUAGAAUACAGCAAUCGCACAGCUAGUGGCCAAUUUAUAGCAAGCAUUUCUCAGGAAAUCGAUACGAAACAACUAUACCCAAAAGAAAGUGACCUUGUGAUACUUUGGUUGCCGGACAACACCGGAGCAUAUGCCCAUAAUGAACCUCAUUUCCAUGAACCACAUCCUCAUUUCGGUUAUGUGUCCCGGUCCAGUGUUUCUAACAGAGGUCCAGGUUCCAAGUUAACCCUAAACUUGACGAUUCAAACUCGUGGUAAUGUAUCUUCGGUGAAUUCCCAACCUGUACUCUGUGAAGUUAUUGGGUCAUUGAUCAGCACUUUCCGGGAGUUCAAUGCACUGUGUUCGCUGCGAAAUGGACCAAUGUUGCGACCUCUUCUUAAUCCACAUGCAUCUUAUUUCACACACACUCUGGACAGCCCAUCGGACCUGGAUUCACCAGAGUUCAACAGGGACCAGGCGAGAGCAAUAGCUUGUGGUCUUGCCAUGAUAAAGAGAACGCAUAAGACCCCAAGAUUUCUCCUUAUUCAUGGUCCUCCAGGAACCGGGAAGAGUAAAACCAUUGGUGGCCUGUUGUACAAACUUCUGUCUUCGGGUAUUAACAGUGCUGCUCCUGUGGGGAACCUUCACUCAAAGUCUCGAAGGACCCGUGUUCUUCUCUGUGCACCCUCAAACGCUGCCAUCGACAGUCUGAUGAAGAAAGUCAUUUUGAUCUUUAAAGAUAAAUGCCGAAACAUCAAUGCUCCUCAAGGUAACUGCGGUGACAUAAACCUGGUACGAUUGGGAAAUGAAAGGACCAUGUCCAAGGCACUAAAACCUUUCAGCCUCGACUACCAGACUAAAGCUAGAGCACAGCGAGCCCAGCAAAACUGUAGAGCUGACAUAAACAGGCGGAAAGAGCAACUAGACCAAAACAUUGACAAUCUCUCCAAGCGAUGUGCAAAGACGAAGAAGGAUUCUUCUGAAUUCAAGACGUUGAUGGAGCAGAAGUUGCAGUUUCUGAAGGAGAGAGAAGGACUGAGUCGGCGGAUUAAAGAGUGUUGGAUUAAGCGACAGGAAAGUCAAGCUUUUGUGUUGCAAAAUGCUCAUGUGAUCUGCUGCACGCUCAGCACCAGUGGAAGUACUGUCCUCGAGAGCACUUUCCGUCGUCUCGGAAAUGAAAUGUUUAGCUGUGUCAUCAUCGAUGAGGCUAGUCAGGCUAAAGAAACUGAGACUCUGAUUCCAAUGAUGUACCGAAGUCCUUCUGUAAUCCUUGGUGAUCCCAACCAGCUUCCACCAACGUUGUCUCCCAG